UGCAAUCUUAAUUAUUUUCUCAAGCUGAUCAGCAAUAUCGAUCAGAUCGCUAUGUCUCCUUCCGCCGACCGCCACUUCCUCCUCCUCCUCCUCCUCCUCCUCUUCUCUUGUCCGAGUCUAAUCGCUGGCCAACUAUUGUACAACAUCUGCGGCACCACCGGCAACUUCACCGACAACAGUACCUACCAAGCCAACCUCAAUCGCCUCCUAUCCACCCUCUCCCUCAACGCCUCCACCUCCGGGUUCACCACCACCACCGUCGGUCAAGUCCCCAACCUCGCGAUCGGUUUGGCGCUCUGUCGCGGCGACGUCAACGCCACGGAGUGCCGCGGGUGCCUCGACACGGCGUCGCAGGAUUCGCAGCAGCUCUGCCCCUUCAACAGGGGGGCCAUCCUCUGGUAUGACUUCUGCUUCCUCCGCUUCUCCAACCAGCAAUUCCUCGGCUCCACCAGCAACGACCCGGAAAUCUUCAUGCACAACGUCGCCAACGUCAGUAGUCCACAACGUUUCACUCGCCUCCUCAAUCUUUUACUCAAUUCGACCCUCAACAACGCAACCGGGUCGGACAGGCGGUUCGCCACGGGUCAGGUGAGCAACUACACGGCGGCAAGCCCGACGGUGUACGGGCUGGUGCAGUGUUUGCCGUACUUGUCGGCGUCUCAGUGCCAGCAGUGCGUGUUCGGUCUGUUCAACCCGCUUCCGACGUACCUGGAAGGGAUGCUGGGAGGACGGGUCCUCGGAACAUUAUGCACCAUGAGGUACGAGAUCUAUUCCUUCUUCGAGGGCGCACCCACCUUGAGGCUCACGGUCCCGCUGGAAAACGCCACGAGUCCCGCCGCGCCGCCUGCUGCAGCACCUCCGCUCGCUGUCCCCGCCUCCGGACAAGCUGCAGGGAAAAAGAAUGUCACCGGAACUGUUCUAGCGAUUGCAAUACCAUCGGUGACUGCGAUAUCUCUCAUCUUCUUAAUUUGCAUUUGCUACUGGAGGAGGAGGAAGCCGGCACCCCAAUAUGAAACUGAAGCAGAGAAAAUCAUGAGUGUCGAAUCGAUAUUGUUCGAUCUCUCCACACUACAAGUCGCGACAGCCUUCUUCUCUGAAGAUAACAAACUGGGCGAAGGCGGAUUCGGAGCAGUUUACAAGGGAUUUCUUCCAAAUGGACAGGAAAUAGCAGUAAAGAAACUACUGAAUGCGGGUCAGGGACUUGCAGAGCUGAAGAAUGAACUAGUUUUGGUCGCGAAGCUUCAACACCGGAAUCUUGUGAAACUUCUCGGAGUUUGCUUGGAGGAGGAGAAGAUGCUCAUCUACGAAUAUGUUCCUAAUCGAAGUCUCGAUUUAUACCUUUAUGGUAAUCAUCAAUUUGUCCAUUCUUAUGAAAUGCAAGUCGCAGCACUGCAAAUUAAUCAUUCGAACACUGUCAACGUAGAUCCUGCGAGGGGUAAGGAAUUACCUUGGGGAACGAGAUACAAGAUCAUCAAUGGAAUCGCUCAAGGCUUGCUUUACCUCCACGAAGAGUCCCAGAUAAAGAUCAUACAUAGGGAUCUGAAAGCCAGCAAUAUUUUGCUAGAUGCAGAGAUGAACCCCAAAAUCUCAGAUUUCGGCCUAGCCAAACUCUUCGACGGCGACCAGACUCAAGGCACCACCAACCGAGUCAUCGGAACUUUUGGAUACAUGGCACCGGAGUAUGCAAUGCAUGGUAAAUUCUCGAUGAAGUCAGACGUGUUCAGCUUCGGCGUUCUGGUUUUGGAGGUUUUGACGGGGAGAAAAAACAGCGGAAGCUAUGAUUCUGAGACCGCAGAAGAUCUUCUAAGCUUCGCGUGGGAGAAGUGGAGUGGAGGAGCUGCGUUGGAGAUUGUAGACCCAGUUCUGGGCGACGAGUACCGAGGCAGCGACGUGCUCCGAUGCCUCCAGAUUGGGUUGCUGUGCGUGCAGGAGAAUCCAUCGGAUCGGCCCAGCAUGAUAACGGUGGACCUGAUGCUGAGCUCUGAAACGGUGUCCGUCCAAACUCCUUCCAAGCCUGCGUUUUGCGGCGCCAAGAGCUUCAAGGACGUGCCGGUAUCCGACAGCUCCGCUUUACCGGUCGGUGCGCUGGAGAAGAGCGGCACUCGAUCCGUGGCCAUGUCGCCCAACGAGGUGUCCAUUUCAGAACUGGAACCCAGAUGAUAAAUUGUGGAUCAGUACUCUUUCCCUUUGCAAGCUAUACUCUACUAGUACUCCCAGCUGCAGAUUAUCGAGUGUAGUGUUUUAGGAUUUUGUAAACGCCAUUUUGUUUUUCUCUUCUCUCUGGAGCAAGAAUCACGAAUCUUUCCA